UAUCACGCGCACGCGGACCGAACACUGUGGUGAUGUUUUUGCGGAGGGGAGGGGGCGGUACCGACUAUGCGUCCCGCACUGGCGGCGGGAAGACGCAGUUCGUAAUUCUGGUUUAGCUGGACUGUACGCGUCGCGGUCGCUAUGGCUGCUAAUACGGCAUACCUGGUCGUCCGCGCUCGCAUAAUUUUCGGACUCUCACACCAUCGCCGGGACGUCACUGCCGGCGGGAUCACGAGAAUAUGCCGGACGUUUGACGUUGUGCAGCGAUGCCGUCGUCACAAUUGCAGACGAUGGUCCAGCUCAAUGUCUACAGUGUUUUCGGUCGAUGAUAAUGAAGGAAAACAAAUAUUAAAGCCUUCAUAUGAAAAGUCAGAAAUUCACGUUGAGCUCAGACGAGGAUUGCCUACGGUCACAGUUCCUUUGCCGUCCAGGCGCGAGCUUUGUCAGUUCACCUUGCGGCCAGUGACAAACACAGUCGGUGAUUUGACUAGCAUGUUAAAGACCGAGGACCCAGGCGUCGACCGCGUAGUUAUAUCCAGCUCAGAGGGUGUGCGUAUCGCGUCUUCCAAUACAAUUGAAUCGCUCAUGGAAGAAGACUUCCGAUUAACCAUUAACGACCGAAUGUUCACAGUUAAAGUACCACCGCAAAAGAAGCUUACAAAGGAAGAAAUGGAACGACUUUCUGGUGUCAGGACUCUAGUCAGUCAGUUGUACGAAUCACUGAACGUUGAAGAACAUCAAUUAAGAAAAGAAAGGGAAUUAUUGGCUAAAAUGGAAGAACUAAAAGUCAAAUUGGAACCCCUUGAAAAGAAAAAGCAAUCCAUCGACUUGGUAGCCAGCAGACAGACGUCGGUGCUCACAUGGGUCGGUCUGGGACUUAUGUCAGUGCAGUUUGGCAUAUUGGCUCGGCUUACUUGGUGGGAAUAUUCAUGGGAUAUAAUGGAGCCGGUCACAUAUUUCGUCACUUACGGCACCGCCAUGGCCGUUUAUGCUUACUAUGUACUUACAAAACAGGAGUACCUGAUGCCUGACGUUCGUGACCGCCAGUAUCUGAUCACCGUGCAUAAGAAAGCCAGGAAGUCAGGUCUGGACCUGCACACCUACAACCUGCUCAAAGACAAAAUGGCAAGCGUGCAGACCGAUUUGGCUCGACUGAAAGAUCCUCUUGUCCCGCCGCACAGGUCUCAAGUCCUGUUUGACCCGCUGGCCAACUGUACCGCCACAGAAAUGGAACCGACAGGACUCUGGUCCGGGCUCCGAUCCCGGAUCAAGUCAUUGCUAGAUGAGACCAAAGGCAGAAGCUGCAAACGGACCACUGAUAAUAGCAUUUGAGAACACGCGCAGUAUUAUGCAUAAUAAAUAAUAAUUUUAUUAUUAUGUCUUCUUUUUAUGAUCAUUUUUCUUUUUAGACUUAUUUAUUUACUUCGUAUAAAAAUUGGUGCUAAUUUAUAAUGCCGAUUUCCUUCUCCUUGUCGUUUUUUGUCUUUCGUAAAUAUCUCUUAGAUGACUUAAUAUCGACACAGGGUUAGAGUACCUACUAAACUUCACGCACGCGAAAAAUAUCGAGAUACUUUAUAGGAUAAUAGGAGGUAUAUAAUAUUAUAUCGGCUCUUUACAAUACAACAUCUGCAGUAUAUCUGUACGCUUUUUUGAGACUUUUUAAUACGUAAAAAUGAUAAAAAUAUUUCUAUACACGCUUUAUCUAAUUCAUAGGUAUUAGCUAUUUUUUUUUAAUAAUCAUCUAUCAUAUAUAUUCAUUACAUUUUUAUGUACUUAUAUAUAUAUAUAUAUAUAUAAGUACAUAUAAGUAUAAGUAUAUAAGUAUAUAUUAUUAUUAUUAUUAUUAUUGUUGUUGUUGUUGUAUAUGACGAAGACGAAAAUCUCAUACCAUCACUAUCGCUCUCGUCACACACGCAUACACUCACAUGCUCACACACACACACACACACACACACACACACACACACACACACACACACACAAACAUAAAA